GUCAAACUACAUUGCGCAUGCCCAGAUGGCCUUUUUACGGUUAGAGACAGAAAUCUGUCAGAUCAGCGGAGCGUGCAUUCCCCUAAUACCUGCUAAUAUUUCUUAAUACUUUCUUCCCCUAGUCUGCGAUAGACACUUAAAUCUAUCUUGAAGUGUCCUCACAUUUGGAUUCUAACUUUUCGACGCCUGUAGCCGAAGGAAACCGCAAAGAAUGACGAGCAAUUUAAAGCGGAAAGAAGAAAGUCAUCUGGUGAAUGGGGGUGUAAAACAGCCCACAUGGAGCAAAGCCUUCAACAGUACUGCUGUUUGGGAAGAGAAGGAUGAGUUUUUAGAUGUGAUUUACUGGCUUCGACAAAUUAUUGCAGUAAUCCUCGGUGUGAUAUGGGGUGUGGCACCGUUGAAAGGAUUCCUGGGAAUAGCCAUAUUCUGCAUCAUCAAUGCUGGCGUCCUGUAUGUAUACUUCAGCAGCUUUCAGCAGAUCGAUGAGGAAGAGUACGGUGGCACGUGGGAACUCACCAAAGAAGGCUUCAUGACAUCUUUUGCUUUGUUUCUGGUGGUGUGGAUAAUCUUUUACACAGCUCUACAUUUUGACUGAGAGGAAUCCACAGGACACUAAAUACGAACAUUUCUGUUGAAGUAAAUUUUCAAAACGGAGGAACUCCAUGGCUUGAUGGGUGUCAACGCUCCUACACACAGUACGACUCCUCAGUGUGCAGCGCGUCAUGGGAAUCCUAGUUUGAUUAACGAGAUCCUGCAAGACCACCGUGAUGUUCAAAUAAUAUACAUCUCUCUGAUUUAAGGGGUUCCUGUUUAAGACACCCUCCAUUACACUUCCCAUACGUUUAUAUUUCCUUCCUCGCCUCAAUGUCAUCAUCUCCAACAAAACACUAUAUAACGAAUAGACCAGCUGAGAUUGGUUGCACUUCUUUUUGCAACUGAUCUAAAUCAGAACAGGGAUUCUUUAGUAUUUGUUAGUUUCUACUGGGCCUUUCUUCUGUUGUAGAAGAGUGACAUGAACACAGAUUUUAGACUGACACUAUGACAGAAAGUGUGUGUAUUUAUCCCAGUUUACUGCUCAUUAGCCUGUCAUUAAGUAAAAGGAAGUUGGUGAUAAAAACCAAAUGUCACAUAGUAAUUAGGGUUUAAUCAGAAUGUAAGGUGUUGCUUUUCAAUUUAGGGACAAAGACAUCAUAUUGGAUGUAUAAAAACACCAGUAAAAGAUUGUUUAUGUGGUUUCACUGUUAAAUCAUCGCUCACUCCAAAGUCAUUUAUUUGCCUUGUUAAGAAAAUAAUCAUGGCCUCAAAAAUGAUUGAAAUUUAAAAAGUGGCAUGGCAGUAAAGCACAUUAUAAGUUAUCAUUGCAGCUGUAGUACGCGACUGUUUUUAGUGGAUCAGGGAUAGGUCGGAUCUUUGGAAUGGGGAUUAUAUGAGGUACUUAUCCACAGUCGGUGUAUUACAUACAGUAGAUGUCAGUCGGCACGCUCCCGGUUUGAAGAUAUACUGCUACUGUGUGUAAUAUGCUGACAAUGAAUACGUUUUCCAUAAAACCCCAAUUCAAAAAAUCUGAACUGCCCCUUUAAGGAUGCAGUCAUCUGUUGUCAUGAAAUAUUGAGAGGUGACUUUGAGCUUCCAUGUUUUGUUUUUAUUUGCUUACAUAGCAUUUCUAAAUAAAAUCUUGUCAAUUGUUAUUUCUUCUUAAGGGUCUCAUGUCCAACAAAUGUGAAAGCUCAUGACCAACCAAAACUGAAAUCUCACCCAUUUUAUCAUAAAAAAAACAUGCUGGUUGGUAAGAUACAUAUAUCAGCUGAUAUCCAGUCCCGAUGACACUAUCCGCCAGUUGUAUCAAUGCACUGUUACUUCAGUCAGGAACUAAUAAUCAUCAUCUGUGUUAUCCAUCCAAGUGAUUUCCUCAAAGCAAAGAGGGAGGAAACAUGCAUGCCGUUUUCAGAUGCAAAUGUUCACAGAUUUAAGCUAAAACGAGUCUGUGCACUGCCAUGACUUGCUGUUCGUAUAUCUAGAUGUCAUUUAUUAAUGGCAUUAGUUAGAAGGGUAGGAAUAAUUGAAAUCUAUUAUUUUAUUCUCACAUGUAGCUUCCAGAUCAAAGUCUUACCUGUUGUUUUGAAAUUAAUUUAAACUUGUCUGUAAAUUCUGUACAAUGUCCCUUUUGUCAAAUCCACCUUGUAUUACACAGAUUUAUUUGUUCUUAUGUUAUAUCUUGUUUGAUGUAACAUAUUUCUCAGUAUUUUAUAGUGAACUUUUAAAAACAGUUCUUGCAAAGUUAUUGUAACGAUACUGUUAUAUUAGAUACGCAGUGGGUGUGUGAAAGGAUUGUAUUUUCUGAUCAAAUCUUUUGGGAAUCAUUAAACAUGGGCUUUGUUUGGCCUCCAUUUUCAAAGA